AUGAAAAGACUCAUCGUUUGCUGCGAUGGCACAUGGUACAGUGCCGACAAGGGGCUUGAUAACAUCCCCUCCAAUGUCGCCCAAAUAAGCCGCAUGAUUGCCCCUUACGGCAAAGACACAGAGACAGGCAAGCGUGUCGAACAAAUCGUGUACUAUCAGACGGGUGUCGGAUCAGGGCCAAUGGGCAAGAUUGACAGUGCCUGGCAAGGAGCCACUGGUGCUGGCCUUGAGGAAAACGUGACAACGGCAUAUCAUUACCUCGCAAACAACUAUGAGAAGGGCGACGAGAUCUUCUUGUUUGGCUUCUCACGUGGCGCCUACACCGCCAGAGCGUUGGCUGGUAUGGUGACUGAGAUGGGACUUCUUUGGCCCCAGAAGCUUCGCCAUUUCCCAGACCUGUACAACCUCUACCGCAAGCGGAGAGUCAAUGAUGGUGGCAAGGACGUUCACAGUCAUGUGCAUCCCAUGAAUGAUGCCAGUUGCUCCGAUGCCCGAAAGGAACUUCUUACAGACAGGUACACCGGAAAGUUCUGGAGGCCGGCAGAGGAGAUGCAGAGCGAUUUGGACGAAAAGCUCUGGAACAAAAUCAAGGAGUUCCACCCGGACAAUGCCGAGAACAAGGUCAAUCGUAGUGAGAUUAGUCAUCUGGUUAGGAUCAAAGUUAUCGGUGUAUGGGAUACAGUAGGCAGCAGGGGCCUCCCCAAGAGUCUACUGUCUUCUCUGACGGGGUACAACGAAAAAUACGGAUUUCAUGACACUGCACUGAACAGGAAAAUCGACCACGCUUUUCAUGCACUCUCACUUGAUGAACAUCGUGGAGCAUUCGAACCAACGCUAUGGUAUCUCGACUACUCAAGCAAAGACUACGGUGCCGAUACAGACCUCAAACAGUGCUGGUUCCCGGGAUUCCAUGCCGAUAUCGGUGGUGGAACAACGACCGGAAUGGAACAUACCUCGAAAAUUGACCAGAUCACUCUGGCCUGGAUGUGUGAUCUGGUUGACGGCCUUCUUGAUUUCGAUGAGGAUGCUUGUCAUGAGCUAUUGCACCUCAAGAAGAGUCGAACUUCGCAGGUUCUAACAGAACGGAAAAAAUGGGCUGAAGGAGACACCAAUGACUCGAGUAUUUUGUACAACCUACCAAUUGCUGGAGGGUAUGUUGCCCGCACUCCCGGGUUGUAUCACAAGGUUCCCGAAAACGAAGAGUGUGCCAAAGCCACGAAUGAGACGGUCCAUCCUUCAGUCCACUACCGCCAUGACAAAAAGGGUUACGAUCCCCCGGCGCUCAAGCAGCAUCCUGGUUGGUUCAACGGGAAGAAUCCGGUGUGGGAAUUUAGAGAGCUCAAAGACGGCAACGGUGCCCAAUGGGUACGACCGGAAGUUCCGGAGAAGAAGGGUAUGAUCUGGGGUACUGUCAAUGGUAAGAAGGAGGUGAAGCUUGACGAGUGGUGGAUCCGUGAGAUUCAAGAACCACAUCGUCUUAACCUUGAGUGGAACCUUCUUCCUCCUGAGGUGAAGGAUAUGCUCAAAAGCAGGAACGAGCACAGACCAUGCUCGCUCGUGUCUUCCGAAGAGCAGCCUCCAAUAUAUUGUCGAAACGUGUAUUGA